CAUAUAAUUCCGUGUUCGUUCAAACACUAAUAACUCCGUAGUUUCGUCUUUCUUGCCUCCCGAUUUUCGCCGCCGCCAGUUCUCCAUGACAAGUUCUAAUUUUCCCCAAAACCAAGUCAGACGCCGAGUCCGCCGGAAAAGCCACCGGAAAAUGGGGUUUCGAAAGCGGUGCUUGAUGAUGGCGAAGCACCAAAAGACCCGGUUCUACAUCCUCGGACGCUGCGUUUCGAUGCUCCUCUGCUGGCACGACCACUCCAUAUCAGAUUAGCCAAUAGCCAGAGCUAGCUAGCUCCAAGAAUUUUCCAAAUUGAUUGGGCCACGUGUGGCACAGUCUUAUUGCUUGUGCUGUUCUCCAAGAGUUCAAAUUGAAAGCUGAGGAAGAAAAGCUGCGGUUAAGGGAAGCAUGGUUGGUGAUAGAGCUUUCGGGUCAAGGACUCAAAUUUUCAAGGGCAAGGCCAGAAUUAUACACCAAAGCUAAAGAAUGAAUCUUUGUAAUUUUGACCUUAGAUUUGCUUCUUCUUUUGCUUCAUGUGAAUCCAUGAAAUGCAUAAAGUGUAAUUUGGUUGGUUGAAGUUAAUGUCGAAUGUUAAUUUGUGGAUGUGAAUAAAUUGGUAGUUGAGCUAUUGUAAUCCAACAAGUUAUCUAAUAAGAUGGGAAAAUGAUAUAUUGGUUGAG